AAAUUAUUCCUUUGGGAAUUCAAUAAAUUCAAAAUUGCGGCCUUAAUAGACACCGUUUCACCUUCUCCUGGAGGAUCUGUUAGUGUAAAAAGAAAAAAAGAUGAUAAUGAAUCAGAAAAUUUAUACACACCACCACCUUGUCAAUCUUAUCAGCCUAGAAGAUCCAUAGGAUUACUUCGGCGUUCCCUCAGUGAGAAUAGUAAUACACCCAAUAAAGGAUUUAAGAAGCCUAGGAUGCUAUCUGACUCGGGUACACCUUUGUCAACAAGGAACAAUAUUGUUUCACCUAAUAGUUCAAUCAGUUCCAUGGAAGAAAGUCCUGUUGCUGUCAAACCUGUUACAAUAAGACAGAUAGAAGAUACACCUAUGGAAGAAGAAAUUACUUCUAUUAAUGAUAUUCUUCGUAUAAAUUUAGAUAAUAUUAAAAAUCAACGGCAACAAGAGGUACAUCAUGAAAGUCCCCAACCACAGCCACGGAUACAAUUAGUACCAAGAUCAAAAUCAACACCACAACCCAUACCACAACCCAUUCAACAACCAAUAGCACAACCAAUAGCGCAGCCAAUAGCACAGCCAAUAAGACAACUAACACCUCAACCAAUACCACCAUUGAAGCCAAGAUCAACGCCGAAAGAGAUACAAUUACAGAUUCUGAAGCAAACAACACCAAAACCACAACUUAAGCUCACUUAUCCCAAUUUUGUUCAACGUGAACCAAUGUUAAAUCAUCUAACAACAAAGUCAUCACCAAGACCAGAAUCAAUUAAAUCUACCCAAAAGCAAGCAUCAACUUUAGAUGCAUUAGAGUCGAUAACACCAACCUCCAAUAAAAUAGAUGAUAAUGACUGUGAUGAUGAUGAUGAUGAAAAAGAAAGACCUGCAUUUGUUGAGUCGGGUUUCAAAUUGGCCAGUAAUAAACCAAUUCUCCUCAACCAGAAAGCUCAAAGAAGAGUCGAAUAUUUAAUCAAACAAUAUGCAACUAUGGAAAUUAAUCUGAAAGAAUAUGAAAAAGAGAAACAAAAACCGAAACCUGUGUUAAAGACUAAAUCUGAAGUCACCCAAAGCCCAAUGAAGGAUAUAUCAAAUAUAACCAAACCCAUCAAUUCCUGUAUCAAUAAUAUGGAUACCGAAGACGAUUUAUGUGAUGAAGCAGAUGAUGAGUUCUUACGCAAUUUGGAUGUGAAAAGUUUAGUUGGUCAUGAUCUUCUUUAACGAGAAAAAACUCAAUAUCAUGAACGAAAAACAGAUGAUUCGAUUUAAUUUUGUUAAUUUUUUCUUCUUCUCUAAACCAUGAAAGCUUGAAAUCCUCAGCCAUUAAUCUUUCGGAGCAAACUGUAUAUUCAACUAUUUGAUGAUAAACCCAUGGGAGUAAAAGGGUAGAUUAAUUUUUGACCCAUUGUUUAAAUUGCUUAUUAUGUCAUCAAAUGAAUAAGUGAAUAAAUUGUUCAUCAUGGUGUAUUUAUUUAUCUAAAGAAAUACAGUCCAAUCAAUUUUCUUUUCAACCAAA